AUGGUCGAUCCAACUCGUAUACAUUCGCAAAUUAUUGGCAAUAAUGUAUUUUCUGACAAAUCGGGUACACAUGCGACGAAACACUCAUUUGUCUCACAACAUAUGCCACCAAAUACCCAUUGCUGUGGCAGUAUUCGACCAGCAUUAUUUUUGCGUCUAACAAAUAAACUUUCGUCGAUCUCGACAAUACAACCAACACCUCCUAUUUUGGAAUCACCUCGAGAAAUUUUCCAUACACAAACUUCCCUCAUAAAAUUAUUCCAAUCUACUGCAGUAGACUUGCUCAUUCCAAAUUCACGUUUGCAAAAGUCCACUGAUGUCAGUUCAUGA